AUGGACGAUUGCGAUGGACCAAAUACAUAUAUUGCAACGAGGGAGAAAAGGGUACCUGAAAAAGUGGAUUCUGGAAUGUUAACCGAUCCUCGAGAAUAUCGACAUCGAGGAACAAAUGCAAUGCCAACCAUUAGUAUUGGCAUACAAAUGGAACAAAUAUCAACUUCUUCAAGUAUCACUUUAAAAGGUAAUAUCAGUAUUGAAGUAUUGAAUUUGUUAUUAAUGACAGUAAAGAGUAAUAAUGAAGAAAUAAAUGUUCUUGCACGAUUGAAUAUUUUUCAUCGUACCGAUUCGGUAACAUUAUCAAUGAUGAAGCAAUAUCAAUUACCACAG